AAGCUGUUCGCUGGUACCGGAAGUGCGACUGUUGUUUAUCCGGCAGUGUGCAUCCUCGCCGUAGGAGAAACGAUGGCGAGUUCUGGUGCUAAACAGGCGCCGAAAAUGACCUCCAAGGCAUCGGCGGGAGGUUCCGGGGCGCCCGGGGCCAACGGUGCGCCCCCGGCAAUGCCCCUCGCCUCUCCGCUCAUGGGGAAAAAGAAGAAGCCUUUCCUGGGGAUGCCCGCUCCGCUCGGCUACGUCCCGGGUCUCGGCAGAGGUGCAACUGGUUUCACCACCCGAUCAGAUAUUGGUCCUGCUCGUGAUGCCAAUGAUCCAGUGGAUGAUCGGCAUGCCCCCCCAGGGAAGAGGACAGUUGGGGACCAAAUGAAAAAGAACCAGGAGGAGGAUGAAGAAGAUCUCAAUGAUACCAACUAUGAUGAGUUCAAUGGAUAUGCAGGUAGCUUGUUUUCCAGUGGACCCUAUGAGAAAGAUGACGAAGAGGCAGAUGCUAUAUAUGCUGCACUAGACAAGAGGAUGGAUGAAAGACGCAAAGAAAGAAGGGAGCUGAGAGAAAAGGAAGAAAUCGAGAAAUAUCGUAUGGAGCGACCCAAGAUACAGCAGCAGUUUUCAGAUCUAAAGAGGAAGUUGGCAGAGGUGUCAGAAGAAGAGUGGCUGAGCAUCCCUGAGGUUGGAGAUGCAAGGAACAAGCGACAGAGGAAUCCCCGCUAUGAAAAACUCACCCCUGUCCCUGACAGCUUCUUCUCCAAACACCUGCAGACCGGAGAGAACCACACCAGUGUUGACCCUCUGCAAGGGCUGGGAGGUCUGAACACCCCUUACCCUGGAAGCAUGACACCUGGUCUGAUGACUCCAGGGACAGGAGAGCUGGACAUGAGGAAAAUUGGCCAGGCCAGGAACACACUCAUGGAUAUGAGGCUCAGUCAGGUUUCUGACUCAGUGAGUGGACAGACAGUGGUGGAUCCUAAGGGUUACCUGACAGAUCUCAACUCCAUGAUCCCCACACAUGGAGGAGACAUCAGUGACAUCAAGAAGGCUCGUCUGCUGCUGAAAUCAGUGAGGGAGACCAAUCCCCAUCAUCCGCCUGCCUGGAUUGCCUCUGCCAGGUUAGAGGAGGUGACGGGCAAACUACAGGUGGCGAGGAACCUGAUCAUGAAAGGCACAGAGAUGUGCCCUAAGAGUGAGGAUGUGUGGCUGGAGGCAGCCCGGCUCCAGCCUGGUGACACAGCUAAAGCCGUGGUAGCCCAGGCUGUCCGUCACAUGCCGCAGUCCGUCCGCAUCUACAUCAGAGCUGCAGAGCUGGAGACAGAUGUCAGGGCCAAGAAACGAGUUCUCAGGAAGGCCCUGGAGAAUGUGUCCAAGUCAGUUCGACUGUGGAAGACUGCUGUUGAGCUGGAGGAGCCAGAGGAUGCAAGGAUCAUGCUUAGCCGAGCUGUUGAGUGUUGCCCUACGAGUGUGGAGCUGUGGCUGGCCCUGGCCCGGUUAGAGACCUACGAGAACGCCCGUCGUGUCCUGAACAAAGCUCGAGAGAACAUUCCCACUGAUCGCCACAUCUGGAUCACUGCUGCAAAGUUGGAGGAGGCCAAUGGCAAUACGCAGAUGGUGGACAAGAUCAUCGACAGAGCCAUCACCUCCCUACACGCCAACGGUGUAGAGAUCAACAGAGAGCAGUGGAUACAGGAUGCAGAGGAGUGUGACAAAGCAGGCAGUGUGGCUACCUGCCAGGCUGUGAUCAGGGCCGUCAUCGGGAUUGGUAUUGAGGAGGAGGACCGUAAACACACUUGGAUGGAGGAUUCGGAGAGUUGUGUGGCCCAUGGAGCGCUGGAGUGUGCCAGGGCCAUCUACGCCCACUCUCUGCAGGUGUUCCCCAGUAAAAAAAGUGUCUGGCUCAGAGCCGCCUACUUUGAGAAGAACCAUGGCACCAGAGAGUCUUUGGAGGCCCUGCUCCAGAGAGCAGUGGCUCACUGUCCCAAGGCUGAGGUCCUGUGGCUGAUGGGUGCCAAGUCCAAGUGGCUGGCUGAGGAUGUGCCUGCCGCCAGAAGUAUCCUGGCUCUGGCCUUCCAGGCUAACCCUAACAGUGAAGAGAUCUGGCUUGCUGCUGUCAAACUGGAGUCUGAGAAUAAUGAGUAUGAAAGAGCCCGUCGACUGCUGGCCAAGGCCCGUAGCAGUGCCCCAACAGCCAGGGUAUUUAUGAAAUCAGUGAAGUUGGAGUGGGUGCUGGGAAACAUAGAUGCUGCCCAGGAGCUGUGCACUGAGGCCCUGAAACACUACGAGGACUUCCCAAAACUUUGGAUGAUGAGAGGCCAGAUCGAGGAGCAGGGUGAAAACAUGGAUAAGGCCAGGGAGGCCUACAACCAAGGGUUGAAAAAGUGUCCCCACUCGGUGUCCCUGUGGUUGUUGCUGUCUCAUCUUGAAGAGAGAGUGGGACAGCUGACCAGAGCCAGAGCGAUCCUAGAGAAGGCACGACUUAAGAACCCCCAGAGCCCCGAGCUAUGGCUGGAGUCUGUCAGACUGGAGUUCAGGGCCGGACUGAAGAACAUCUCCAACACACUCAUGGCCAAAGCCCUGCAGGAGUGUCCCAAUUCAGGUAUCCUGUGGGCUGAGGCUGUAUUCCUGGAGGCCAGGCCCCAAAGGAAAACUAAGAGUGUGGACGCUUUGAAGAAGUGUGAACAUGAUCCCCACGUGUUGCUCGCUGUAGCCAAGUUGUUUUGGAGUGAACGUAAGAUCACCAAAGCCAGAGAGUGGUUCCUCAGGACAGUGAAGAUUGACCCAGACCUCGGAGAUGCUUGGGGUCUCUUCUACAAGUUUGAGCUGCAACAUGGAACAGAGGAACAACAGGAAGAGGUGCGGAAGCGUUGUGAGAACGCAGAGCCCCGCCACGGAGAGCUAUGGUGUGCCGAGUCCAAACACGUCCUGAACUGGCAGAAGAAGACGGGAGAGAUCUUAGCGCUUGUAGCCAGCAAGAUCAAGAAUACAUUCUGAGACUAAGAAAGGACAUUUGGACUCAAUACAGGUGGAGGACUCUGGCAGUGACGGGUGUAGCAGUGGACAUGCUCAACCUGUCCGUCUCUGGACACCUACCCCUUUACAUGGUUUGUUGUUUUGCCACCUUAAAUUGUACUUACCGAAAUUAGGAUAUAAUAUCAAAGUGAAAAGUGAGUCGUCAAUACAAACUUUACUGUCAAGUUUUGGAGCUUUUGUUGUUUACACACAGAUGAUCUCCGUUCAACUUCUAAGAAUCCUUUGCUCCGAGGAUGAGGAUUUAACAAUGUCGGGUUAGAGUUAUAAUCUGUCAGCUUGUUUUCAUGUUUUUCUAAAUUUGUGAUGAAUUUGUUCAUUUGUUUUCACUUUGAUAUUAGUUUUUUCUGAUGAUCGUUUUCAAAAAUCUUAAUGUCAAUCUCUGUGGUUGUUGAAGAGAAAAUAAAAAAAACAUGCAGAAAUGAAAAUGAAUCAUUUCAGUACCCUGUUAUAGACACAUGUACCAAACACACACAGGUUGAUUCCACCUCUGGCAGUAUACUGUGGACAGGAACCUGUGGGAAUCAAGUGAUCUGUAGUUGCUCUUUACAAAAUGUGUUUUGUAAAAAGAAAAAUCAAAACAUCACAUUUUAGAGGAUUUUUUAUUUUUCUGUCUGAGGAUGUGUCGGAGGUUAGAUUUGGCUCCGUCUGUUCAACAAGAUGUGACUGUAUAUACACUCUGUCAGGGGCUAAUAUCUGAUCUCUCAUGUUGUAGUGAUGAUCUGCUUUUUUUUACACCGCUUGCUUGAAAUGAGUUUGAAAGAAAUACUUUGCAAGAAUCCAAUAAACAAAGUUUAUUGCA